AAAAGACACAAAUAAAUUACACUCUUCAAAGCAACCAGCUACAAGAAUACGACUCCAAAUGCAGUCACAACAACCACAUCUCUCACACAACAUUAAAAAAACAACUUAAAACAUAUAUUUUCCAUAGAUACUUGAUGGUUAAAUGUUGACCUCCCUUAAAGAAAGACCAACCCUCUCUCUCCCAAGAGGUAUUGAUCUGGCUUUGUGAAAACUAUUACAAUGGUCUCACUUUGAAUUACAGUUUUUCUCGAUUGGUUUGGCUCAUUUCUUGAAACCGAGAUGACAUUCUCAAAAUAACAUGGACAAAUCUCCAAACCACCUUGCAAUUGUUCACAACAGAAUGUCAUUUUUCAUUGGUUUUAUCAAAUUGCAAAUGCUUUAGUACAUGUCUCAAGUGACUUUGCUUUUUUUCAAAUGAUUAUGUACAAGUAGCUACAGUUAGCACAAUGAGCCCACAUUUAGCACAUUUUCCAAAUAAAUAGUUCUUGCUGAUCUAAACUGAUUAGUUGAUUUUUCAGUGAAAUGGUUACUCUCUCCAAAACAUAUCAGCAUGGUUUCAUUGUGUAAGUCAUCAUAUGCACAAUUGUCUGUUCAACUGUCAAAAUUAGUCAAAGAUAUAAUACCAUGAAAGAAUUUCUUGGAACAUUUGAUAAAUUUAUGACAGUACUUGACAAUCAAUCAGGUGAAAUUAGAACUAACGAAGGAGCAGUUUCCCAUAUCUCAGAUGACCAAUCAAACAGUUUGUUUAGUUACCUGACAGGUGUUGUCUAUGAUUAUGACUGCUGCCAAAAGUAUAUAGACAGAGCUUGGCCCGGGGCCAGUUUCAUUUGCAGUGUGAACAUGGAAGCACAUCGCCAAGUACAACAGAAACUUCCUGCUCGAGGAAGAAGAGGAAGAGGAGGAGUGAGAAUGCGUGGAGGAAUAGGGGGAAGAGGCCGAGGAGCACGGAGGCACCAUGAUGUCCCAGAUGAAAUCCGGGCCACCCUUAUUGACCACGUUAUAAACCAUCGCCUCACAAUGGCAGAGGCAGGUCGCCGAGUGCAGCCUAAUGUGCCUCGGUCUACAGUCUCCUCCAUCAUCCAAACCUUUCGCAGGGAAAACAGGAUUGGACGACAGCCUCAAGUGGGUGGCAGAAGAAAACUUCUAAAUGAACAACAAGAACGAGAAAUAUGCAACAUGGUCAUUGCAAAUAAUGCCAUCACACUGAGACAGAUUCGUAAUGCAAUCCUUCUAGACAAUGUAAUGUUCCAAAAUAUAAACUCUAUCAGCAUCUCCACAAUAGACCGUGUAUUGAAGAAACAUCAGAUGACCAUGAAACGGAUUUACAGGGUACCAUUUGAGAGAAACUCUGACAGAGUGAAAGAGAUGCGGUACCAGUAUGUGCAUGUAAGUCAAAUACUGGUUGUCUAUCAUUGUAACACUAUUACAGUACGACAUGGUUACCACUUUUUUUUUGUUUUGCUUUAUCCUUUUUACCUUCAGAAUCCAGCUUUGUGUGACUAGAGCAUUUU